CUUUACAGAUUUUCUGUCGAAUUGCUUUUGGGGUCCGUUUUCGAGCCUUUUCAUGAAAUGACAAAAAAAGGUUGCGCCUUUCCACAGCUGUGGGUCUCUGGCCGAAGCCAUUAGCCAUUGGGCCGUUGAAAGGUGUUGUUUCGUAAUAUCUCCCAACUCGAGGUGCAUUUUCUCACGCUCUGCCCAGGCCACCAGAGCUUCAAAGCGGGAAUAGGAUCUUUCUUCCCGUUAUUGUUUGAAUUUCAAAUACCGAACGGCCCAUUCCAGAUAAUCCUCCCAUUACCCAAAAUUCUCUCUCUCUCUCUCUCUCUCUCUCUCUCUCUCUACAGUUUCAGCUUCUUCUAGCAACAUUUCUCUAUCUGUAAAAUAGCCUCUUUUUCCAGCUCUUGAAGCCACUAAAAGAAGAGGUUUUGCGGACGAUCUGAAGCUGUUACAUUAAUGGGUGGAUCAGGAAAAUGGGUAAAGGCUUUGAUAGGUCUCAAGAAGCCAGAGAAAGAUUACCAAGGUGGUGGAAAGAGCAAGAAAUGGAAGUUAUGGAGGAGCUCAUCUGGGGAUCUGUGGAAGGGUUUGAGAGGGAAUUAUAGAGGUGGGGCUGCAUCGGAGGGAUCUGAUUCUUCAUCAGUCAAUAAUGAUGCUUUUAUUGCGGCGGUAGCCACAGUGCUCCGAGCUCCGCCUAAAGAUUUCAGGGCUGUGAGGCAAGAAUGGGCUGCAAUUCGCAUCCAAACUGCUUUCCGCGGCUUCCUGGCAAGGAGAGCCUUAAGGGCAUUGAAAGGAGUGGUGAGGCUCCAAGCCUUGGUUAGAGGUCGGCAGGUCAGGAAGCAGGCGGCUGUGACUCUGCGAUGCAUGCAGGCUCUUGUUCGAGUCCAGGCUCGAGUUAGAGCUCGUCGAGUUCGCAUGUCAAUAGAAGGGCAGGCUGUGCAGCAGAUGCUAGACGAACGUCGCACCCAGGCUGAUCUCUUGAAAGAGGCUGAGGAAGGGUGGUGUGAUAGUAGAGGGACACUGCAAGAGGUUAAAGCUAAGCUGCAAAUGAGGCAAGAGGGGGCCUUCAAGAGAGAAAGAGCACUUGCAUACUCUCUUGCUCAAAAGCAAUGGAGGUCAAGCCAGAAUUCAGAUUCAAGAACCAAUCUGUCAAUGUCUUCUUUCAAAAGUCAAUUGAUUGAUAAGAAUAGCUGGGGUUGGAGUUGGUUGGAAAGGUGGAUGGCGGCGAAGCCAUGGGAAAACAGAUUGAUGGAAAAAGUCCUCACCGAUCCCUCAGAGGCAACUCCACCUUCAAAAAUUUGUUUUGAUAGUUCAAAAUCUUCUGAAACAUGCUCAGUGAAAGUCAGAAGGAACAAUGUUACCACCAAGAUUUCAGCGAAACCGCCCUUGGUAGGGCAAGUUACUCGCUCUUCUUCAAGCCCGAGUUCGGAAUUUCGAUAUGGUGAGAGCUCUGCUUCCUCUUCAAUCUGCACAUCGACUCCUGUUUCUGGAAAUACCAUCAUGGCUUCCGAGCGGACAGAGGAGAGCAAUUUCAGCAGGCCGAGCUAUAUGAACCUGACACAAUCAACCAAGGCUAAGCAGAGAAAUUUGUCUACCCGAAUUCAAAGGCAGUCCAUGGAUGAGUUUCAGUUUCUUAACAAGUCAACCGCAUUCUCCAAUGGGGACUUGAAAAGCAAUGCCUGUUCUGAUUACUCAGUCGACAUGUCCAAGCAGAUGAAACUGGGGGAAAAAGGGCUGUUGCUUCUAUGAUCCUUGGGUGUUACCAAUUUCAACUGCUUGUUGUAACUUCUCAAUUUCAGGAUGUAUUACUUCAUAGCGGCUGUGCUAUGAGAGCUAAUCAGUACCAAAAACUAAGAUGGUCAUUUCAUAUUGUAAAGUAGUAAGUUUGGCUAUUGAAUCACCAUUUCCUUUUUUCCAUUAGUAUCUGAUGUUCAUAGAUCUGUUUGGAUGAGAUUCUUAAUGUUUGAAGAAGAGUUUACAGCUACCGAGUGCAUUCAAAACAUGAUGGAACUAUAAAAACUUUCGAACUUCAUUAUCUAGAAAGGAUUAACAUACGUAACAGAGAUAUUCAGCCAGACUGAGCGAUUUUUACGCUCUUUUGAUGGCUCUAAGCUUGACGCCAUGCUUGAAGUUAAGAACUAUGCCGUAGUCGAGUUUCAAUGGCUUUUCCAUGUUGGGGGAAUGCCGGAAAACAUACUUACGAUACAGGUGAAUCAGCGAGAGCUUUAGCUCUUGCAGGGAGAACUUCUGGCCAAUGCAGGCUCGAGGCCCAAUUCCAAAGGGUAUAUUUGCGUAGGGGUGUCUCUGUUUUUCUUCUUCACAAUUUGGAUCAAAUCUCUCUGGCUUGAACUUGUCUGGUUCUGGGAAAUUCUUGGGAUCUUUUGCUAGAACUCCAAGCGCCAACCAAACCCAGGUGCCCUGUUCAUUCAUGAAGGAAUUCAAGACAUCAGAUGGCUGCACAGAUUUCAUCAAAAUGAAAACUUCCCAGCAUGCAAUACCUUUGGCAAAUGGUAGCCUCCUAUCUCUACUUCCUUUGAUGUCUCUCUUGCUACUAAUGGGGAAACCGUGUAAAACCUCAUCGCCUCCUUCACCACCUGCAACCGAGCAAUCAGAGUGAUCUCAGCAAGUACAAAAGAAUGUUUCUUUGGCUAAUUCUUUGAGCCUUGUAUCAGAUUGAGUGAUGGCAGACUUGCCUGGUCUAGAUAGGGAAAUUUUAGCUGGAGAUCAGUGGCAGUCGGCUGCUGAUCGUGUGGACCGAACCCAUCAAUCUCUUCGAGCAGCUUCUUCUCGACUUCUGGAUGCCCUGAAACUAGGUAAACAAUCGAGGACAGAGUGAAGGAAGUUGUAGCCGAUCCAGCAAGCAGAUGCUCGUAAGUAACGGCACUGAUGUAGUCUGGGGUGAAAACGUUUCUUGAGGCUGCUUCUGUCUCUCUUGCUCUCAGUAUAAGUGACAAGAAGUCCUUUGAGCCGAGAUCCUUGUCGUUCAUUCUCUUCGCAACUAUGUCUUCCAGCCGGCUGCUCAAAUUCCGGUUAGUUCUGUCAACCUUCCAGUCCAUCGUGCCCGGGAUUCUUUUGAGUAUCUGCCUGAAUGGUUCUUGAAGGAUCGGGACAAGCAGGCCCAAUAUGAUCGAAAAUGAGCCCGAAAGGUCCAUCUUAAGAUUUGUUGUGGAGUAAAUGUGUUGGUUGAUGAAAUCCUGCUCUUCCUCAUUGCUAUCACCUCGAUGACUUGAAUUGUUCAGAGAGUCGGUUAUUGAUGAUUUUGACUUCGAGAGGCCAAAGUCGACGCCGAAGGCGGCCUGCCCGAUCACAUCAGUGGCUAAUUUGAGGGAGAGAUCGGAGAAAACAAUGUCGUCUUCUUUGUUAGAAGGCAGAUCUUGAGUUGCAGAUGUAAUGUAGGAUUGCAUCGUUGGUAUCAGCUUGGCCAGGUGCGAUGGCUGGUAGACUGAUAAUAUUGUGUUUCUCAUGGUAGACCAUCUCGAAUCCCUGCAACCAAUUCCUUCUUCAUCAACCUCCGUCGGUUUGGGUGCGCUUAUGAUUGGCAAAUUAAAAUUCAUGCACCCGACAAACAAUAUUUGACCUGUUUUUGCAGCAAUACCUGGUGAAGAAGAGGCCCUUUUGAUGAAGAGGGGAGGCUGAGAUGGGAGAGGGAAUACUUCUGUUGGGAAUAUCUUUGAAUUUCUUGAUCCCAACUUCCCUGCAAAGCUCUGGAUCUGCCACAAUUACCAGUGGUUGCCUACCCAUAUGAAAUCUG